GACUGGAAGGUUAGAUAUCGUUCGCAAGCACUUAGAGUACUGAUACAUUUUGUCGAUGCGGUAGAAUUAAAAAUUUGAUCAAUAAUUAUACUUGUAACGUAAAGCUACAAUUCAACUAAGCCCGUCGCACUUGUUAUAUUCAAUUUCUGAAAAUUCUUCUAUACACACGUGUCUACGAUUUCCCGGCGUUGGGAUUUCCAAAAUAUACAUAGUGGAUAGCCUAACCUAAUCUGACGUACGUUCUCGAGGCUCGCUACACUAACCUCGUUGACGAAUAGUUGGCGGCGAGGAAAACAUGUGCGAUUGUAACGUUUAACAUAAAAAUAUUAAUGAAUACGGAGUGCUAAUUAAUAUUUAAGUUAAAAUGCAGAGAUUUGAAAGAAUUCUAUCCCAAGUGUACAAAACUAACAAAAGUUUCAAGUUGUCACCUUUGACAUCGAGAUGUUUUACCACUGAUAAACCUUCUGCUGACACUCCAAAUGAAACUGAAGUUCAGAAACAUGUUGGGAUUCAGUCAAAUGAAACUCAAGUAAUAGUUGAAGAAUCAGCUAAGACAGGUGGUUUUGCAAAAUCAUUUGAAAAAUACACAGCUCCUGAACCAGUCAAAGAUGUUGACAAGGAUGCACCGUUUGCUACCCUCCUUCGGCAUUCAAACUUAAUGCAUUUAGGUGAUCCUGAGAGCAAGGUGGUUAUAGGAAAAAUCUUUCAAGUCAUCAACAAUGAUUUGUACAUAGAUUUUGGUUGGAAGUUUCACUGUGUUUGUCCAAAGCCUAUUAAAAAUACCAGUGACUAUGUCAGAGGAGCCAAAGUUCGUUUAAGGAUCAAAGAUUUAGAACUCUCCACAAGAUUUUUAGGAAAUACAAAAGAUGUAACUCUUUUAGAAGCAGAUUGUGUACUUUUAGGUUUAAUUUCAACUCCAAAUCGAGUUAACAAAACUACUACUACUGAUACUACUAUUACUACUUCUGAUCCAUCAACAAUUAUAGAUUUAGCAACUGCUGUAGAAUCAUCAACGGCAACAGCACAAUAAUCUUCUGUAUAAUUAAAUUGUUUUAAAUCUCUUAUUGUUACAUAAUUAAUAAAACAAGUUUUUUAAAUGUA